AGAGCUUCAGCCUCAUGAAAAACCGCUCAUUAAAGCCUUUCUGACCGACAAUAGAAUAACAAUUAAGGAUAUUCAACGUGUUAUGAGCUUUCCAUGCGUUAAAGAUACCGAGAAGCAGGCAAUACUUUUAAUUUUGGCUGGUUAUCUACGAUUUGGGGUUCUCGAAUCUGCUCUGCAAAAACGCUGGAGAGUAAACUAUGGCGUCAAUCCGAAAGGUCAUCGAAAACUCGCCGUUCCAUUUAAAGCGAAAGAUGUAGCAAGUGAAAGGACCGAGUUUGGCCAUCCAGACAUGGCCAUAAUUCUGACACAAAUUAGUUACUACUACUCCGGCCUCUCUGAUUCUCAAUUAAUGGAAUGUUUCGACUACCUAAAAUCCAAAUUCCAUAUUAAUCCUACAUCAGAAUAUGAGCGAUACAGCACGUUCCUCCCAACAAAAUCCACGCCUCGGUCCAAAAUUAUAAUGGAAUAAACUUGGAAGACCAUGAACAACGAACUAAACAUCUCUUCCCAAUUCUGAAAAAAUCAAUGGCAGUCAUUGAUUUCUGGUUGGCAAAAUUUGUCUAUCCCAAAGAAUCAAAGCAGUUUGAGGGGAAAAUGACUUGCACUUCGUGGGACCUAGUGUCUGAAAAUAAGAAACGAUUGACAACAGGAUUUUCGGGCACAAAUGACUCACAAAAUUUACUCCCAGCCUUAAUUUCCCAAAACGAUCUUCCUCAGUUGGAGAAUACAAAUCGAGAGCUAGAAACAAUUCUCACAAGGCCCGAAAUGCUUUACAGACAUUUUCCAAGCGACAAAAAGAUUACAUCCAAACAUAUCUUGGAACAACUACGAGACUCUGGAAUAAAAGUUCUGCUGGAUUGUGGGGCUCUCAUGCUGCAACUGAAUAAUGAUCAAGUUGCAUUUGCGUGGCUCGAAAUUGACCCCGCUCUCGAAGCAGUCGUAUUUUUCAACAUGAAAAACGUUCUCACCGUGAAGAAUAAAGAUGGAAAUGAUUGUCCUUUUGAACUCUCUCCAUUCCGAGAAAGACUCGACGUCUGUGGAAUUUACUUGGAUGACGAACACACACGAGGAACAGAUUUAAAAUUACCUCAAGGAUUUCGAGCAGCCGUUACGAUUGGAAGUGGACUGACGAGAGACAAAAUGGUGCAAGCUUGCAUGAGAAUGAGAAUGUUGGGGCGUGGCCAUUUUGUAACAUUUUGGGCAUCGAAUGAAGUCCAUAGCAAAAUCAAGUCUCUUUCCGAGUCUGAGAACAUUGGAGGACAAGAGGUUCUGAACUGGGUUCAAAGCAACAGCAAGAAAUUUGAGGAGGACGGAAUGAUCUAUUGGACUAAUUCUGCAGUGAAUUAUUGCAAAAAACGAGGUGCAGAAUUUAUCUUUACAGGAUUUUCAGGCGAAGAAGAGACCAAGUUCCGCCAACUUGGAGAACAGUGUUCAGAGGCUGAAAUAGUGAGCUUAAUCGACACAUAUUGUCAUGCCAGAAACGAAUCCCCGUUCAUCGAAAUUUUUCCAAUGUGGUUCAAAGCGGCCAAGUCUGACCUCACUAAAAUAUCAUCACCCGCUGAUACUGACCACCAAUUAAAAACGAAUUUCGAUGCAAUAGAGAAAUUGUGCAGGGAUCGGAUUCAUAAGAUAAUUCCGAACAAACUUCACUUUUCUCAACGCUUAGACGAAGAACAAGAAAGGGAAUUGGAAAAGGAGAUUGAGCAAGAGAGCGAGAGACAAUUACCAGGAAGAGCGAACCCUUAUGAACCCACGGUUUCAAACGCGUUGGUUCAAACAUUAUGCAAAGGGCAAAUAGUAGAGGACUUGGACCACUUCGACAUUGCUGAGGUCUUCAGCUGCACCACUGUAAAGGACAAAUUACAACCUGAGUGCUGGGGAGAUUGGGUGUUUUGCACUGGAGAUUUUCAAAAAACCGUGAUACGUGAAUCUGCACGGGACACAACCACAGGCUUUCUUCGUCCCGUCAACUGGAUUGUCAAAUUGGGAGGAAACUCGUCCAACACGGCCAUACUUUUAGCAAUCAGUCCGUUUGAAGCAAAUGAGCUCAUAUCGCAUUUCCAAGAAGGAAAUACGUUCAAAGCCACGUUACACCAAUACAACGCGAGGAUUUUGUCAAAUCAAAGCAUUCUGAUUGAUAAUCCACGGUUAACGUUGCCGUCAUCCAAUUCCACACAUGAUCCUUGGGAUGCCUUGCUGCCUCCCCUGUCCUUAUGUGGAGGGACUUUGUACUUUGGUACGCCUGAAGAAGAAGACGCUUUCGCUAAUUGGAUUGGCAUAAUUCCUCGCCCAAGAGAUGGCUAUUUACAGAAACGGUUUAACGAAGACCUUAUCCAUCCCAAAAACGGAUUCGUGCUCCCAGCCAAUAGAAACUUCGAGCGGUGUCCAAUUUCAAUUUCCGCUUUUCAAUCGGACCCUGGAAGUCUUGUCGCAGACAUUUGCAGAAUUCGAAAUCCUCACUUUCCGAAAUAUUCUCAUGUAGCUAACAUCAUCUUGAAUGGAAAGAAAAGCCUUCUUCCACCAGGUGCUGAAGCUGCCGAAUGCUAACUGAAUAAGGGGAAAUAAUUGCUUAUGCAUUUGAGUAUUUCAAUAAAUAUGGUUGAUAAGUC